AUGGCGAUGGCCAGCACCUUCUUGUUAUUCACCGCAACCCUAAUCCUGAGUGUAGAACUCCUCACUGCCGCUGAGUACCCUAACCUGGAAGUGGCCGCUUUGUCCGCGCUGAAGAAUAGCUUGUCUGAUCCAGACAGUGCGCUCAAGUCGUGGGAUCCUGAGCUUGUCGACCCUUGCACUUGGUACCACAUUACCUGCAACGGUCAGAGCCACGUUACCCGAGUGGACUUACCUGGCCAAAACCUCUCUGGCAAUUUGGUACCUGAACUCGGAAACCUAUCUCAACUUCAGUUUCUUUCACUCUACGAUAACAACAUCCAAGGAAGUAUUCCGGCGGAGCUUGGUAAGCUGACGAACCUCAUAGGCUUGGACUUGUCUGGAAACAACCUCUCGGGAUCCUUACCGUCUUCACUGGAGAAUUUGAAAGCAUCACUUACGUUUCUAUUUCUCAAUGAUAACAAGUUAUUAUCAGGGACACUUCCCCCGGGUCUUGAUAACGUUUUUGUCCUCAACAUCUCGAACACAGGUCUAACAAUGACUCUAACGUCCGGUUAG